GAGUGGAAAGUACGGCAAUUUGUUUUUAAACGUAGGCGUAAAGGUCAAAGGUCAUCCCUGGAAAAUGUCGACUCCAAUCUUCAAAUGUAGGAUUACAGGUAAAAAGCCACUGGAAAGAGUACUGAUAAAUGGACAAGCUACUAGUUACUUACUUCGCACCACUUUAGCUAAUUUGCGGUUGGCAAAGUGACAUCUGAUUUCAAAUAUUAGCAAAAUAGUGAUUUUAGCAAAUUUGUGGUUAACAAAGUCAGAAGUAGAAGUGCAACAAAAAUCGGUUUUCAAAUGUAGGAGUAAAGGUAAAAAAGUGAAGAUGACUUAAAAAUCAAAAUUUAUUAUUAUUAUUAAAUAUUUCUGGGUCAUUAUAAUCAGCAGUUAACUGAUUUGUCGGUCGGACGGGGCAAACAACGAUUUAGGAGUCAAAGGUCAAAACAAACACGUCAAGUUGGACGUUACAGGCUGAAUACAACAAUAUUUUUGUGGCUGGUGGAACCGAGCACAUAGAAAAUGUCAUAAAAAUAAAUCUGCAGCAUCUCCACUUCCGCGUAUUUCCAAAUCCGGUUUUGCACCGGUGCGGUCAUAAUGCUGUUUUGAUGACCGACGUGCGCCGGCGUGUGGGCGGUGUUCAAGUCAACAUUUGCACCGCCCUCGCGGCACACGGAUGACGGUUUGUCUAGCAACCUUUGUUGGCAUGUUACUUUUGUUUAACGUGAUUUAGUUUUGAGUCAAAAUAACGAACAAAGUGAGUUUAAAGUGAUGAAUACACGCCUCUACUUGACCGCGUUCGUUUUUGUGUGCCUCUUGGGCUCUUCGGUGACCAAAGAAUCCCCACCAAUUGUUCAGGUGUACAGUCGGACAACGGGAGUGUUGGGCAAAGCCAACGUCCUCCUGUGCCACGUGAGCAGCUUCCACCCGCCACUGAUCAAAGUGGACCUGCAGAGAAAUGGCGUCGUGAUCCAGCAGGCCAAUCAGACAGAGAUGGUCUUCCUGGAGGACUGGGACUACUAUCUGACCAAAUAUGUGCCCUUCAUUCCCCAAAGUGGAGAGGAGUACACCUGCCUGGUGACUCACAUGGGGAUUACCAGGACGUUUUUUUGGGAACCGGAUAUGUAACAUUUUCCCGCUCCCUUGUUUUGGGUCAACUCUGUCUUGAGAUGAAGAAUCUAAUUAAAAAAAAAAGUAAAAGAGUAGUGCUUUUUAGGGA